AUGUCGGCCGACCUAAGGAUAAACACCUCCUUCGAAGCGGACCAGCGACUUCGACGAAUUCAACAACUCCAAAGCAGGCAAGCUGCCACCCAGGCCGCCCUUGAUGCCGAGAUUGCUGCCCUCUCCUCAAGCGCUCCUACUCCCUCAUCAUAUCAACCGCAAAACCGAGUACAGAAACACCAUCGCCGAAACAGCAAUGUCCCCAGAAGCAUGUCUUCCACUGGUGCUACCAUGGCCCGGCAUCUCUCUUCUGAUCGAAUCGAAGCACCAUCUCAGCGACGGACACUCUCCCAGCGGUCAGCACCUCCCAUGGCCCGAACGAACUCGAAGGGUACAUCGUCGUCUCGAAGCGGCAACAUGCCUUUCACUCAGAAUGGUGCAAUGCCUCCACCACUUCGCUCCGAGCCUCGAGAGAACCCUUCUAUGGAGACUUGGAUGAAGGACCCCUCCUACACCUUCCGCUCUCACCCAUCAGCUCCUCUGCAAAGGUCACCAUCCGAACGAAAUUAUGAACUCGAGCAAGUCCCAGAACUGGACCAAGUCGGAGAGAAUCCCCUCGACUUCCUUGCACGCACGAUGGGUCCUCCGACACUCUCACUAUCACCGCCAUUCUCAACACCCUCAUGCACACUGAAUGAUCGGCUAUCGACAACCUCUUUUAACACCGCAACACCCUCGACUCCUACAACCGAUUCGCUUACUACGGCAACUACACUUUCAAGUAGUAUGAGUCGACAGAAUAGUCUGUGCAACGAGCCUGUGCUCGAAAGUUUUCAAAUGAUGAAGUUCAAUUCGAACAAUUCUUAUUCUUCAGAUGUCAAUUCCCCCGAUCAAAUUAUGUAUGAUCAGUUCAAUCCUCAUUUUGCAUCUUCUAGUCAUAAUCGUCGUUCAUCGAACGAAGAGCAAUCUCAACUUCUCGUUGGGGCUGGUGCUAGUCAUGAUUCUCAAUUUUCACAUUCCUUUUCUUCUGCAGAAGCUUUUGCAUCUUCUGGUUUUGGUGAGAAGAUGGAAAAAUCUCAAUCGAAUGAAAGUAUUUCUUCGAACGCGUCAUCUGCUUCUCGAAACAAACAGCGGCUGCAAGCUAGUCUUGCCGCCGCUCGACCGAUCAUGCCUAAAGGUGGCAGCGAUGAAGACUCAAUAUCGCGAGCAAACUCAUCACAAUCGAUGAGUCGCCUCGAAUCAAAAGACGGGUCCCAUGACAAAGUUGCUAUCUCGAAGCCUACUUAUCAGCGUCCAAAGCAUGAGCGAGUCUUAUGCAAACAGUGCGAUAAUCACCCUGACGGGUUUCGCGGCGAGCAUGAGUUGAGGAGACAUCAAGACCGAGAACACAAGCUGUUGGUCAAAAAAUGGGUAUGCAUCGAGCCUACGGGUCAUGGUCAUGCCAAGCCCGAGCUCCCAUUGUCGAAAUGCAAGGCGUGUGGGGUGCAGAGGAAGAAGUACGGGGCAUAUUACAACGCCGCAGCGCAUCUUCGACGUACCCAUUUCAAGCCAAAGGCAAAGGGGGCUCGCAAGACCUCCAAGGGUGAUGAUGGGGAGAAGCGAGGUGGCAAGGGUGGAGGGGACUGGCCGCCAAUGUCUGAGUUGAAGCAUUGGAUGAGGGAAGUGGAGGAGCCGGCAACCGAUUACUCUCAGUCACAAUCUCAACAAGACGAGGCCGACAUCUCCGAUGACGAGACGAACGAGAACGAAAGUAACUUCGAUGAUCAAGUCUUCCAGUCCUCAACCAUAUCGCCACAGCUCGGAAGCAACAACUUCAACGACACGUUCAUCGCUAACUCUUCGCCGAUACACAAUAUGUAUCCUUCAACACCCAACGACAUCUACAGCAUGCAAAACAUGCCUCUCAGUCUCCCUUCACAGCAGAGUUCAUGCAUUGAUACGUCAAUGUAUAGUCAAAACAGCUUUCAUAAUUUCUCUCCCGAUCUCACAAACGACGCAAUGGCGUUUUAUGAUUCUGUUCCUCAAAGUUUCGACGACCAGGCUUUUGCUGGUCCCGAUUUUGUACCUUUCCCUUUCUCUCAAUGA